UUAAAUAUAUCUAUAAGGAAGAUGAUAACCCUACUUGGGUUGUUCUUGUUUAUCUUAGUACAGUGAAGGCUGAAAGAGAAAGUCAGUGGCAGAUACUAAUUGAGGAGAAAGCUAAAUGGGGAGACAAAUGGUUUGCAGCCGGUGAUUGGAACGAUAUAUGCCACGGUGAGGAGAAGAAAGGAGGCAGACCAAGGCUAGAGGAAAGUUGCAGGGGCUUUAGAGAGUUCAUUAAUGCAAUGGGAAUGCAGGAGAUAAGCCAAAGAGGUCAGUUGUAUACAUGGGGCAAUAACCGUGAAGGAGAAGGCUUUGUAGAAGAAAAGCUAGACAGAACGUUUGCUACUCUGGAGUGGAUUAAUAUGCAUCCUUCAGCUCAAACAACCUGUUGGUUCAGAAGUUCCUCGGACCAUUGUAUGUUGGUCAUUGAAAUGGACAAGAGUGUUCAAAAGCAGAAGAAAAGGUUUAUGUUUGACAAGAGAUGGAUCUCAAGAGAAGGGGUCUCAGAUGUGGUGCAAAAAGCUUGGGAGGGGCAAGGGUCAGGAACACCAAUGUUAGAUGUUAAAGAAAAGGUCAAAAAGGCUAGAGAGGCACUAUUAAUCUGGAGCAAAUAUUUCAGAACAGAAAAUGCUGACAAAAUAAAGACCCUCACACUUUCUCUCGAGGAAAUGAGACAGGAAG